ACAGAUUAUUGCAUUUACUUUCCACAACUAGGUCUCCCGCAUUUCCCUGAUCUACAUGAGAAUAUCCCCGGAGUCUCUGCUGCCAUGAAGAAUGGACCCAUCUCCUCUCACUCAGCAAGCUCGGCCCGAGGUGUUCCAGCAAAAGAUCGUUGAGCUCUAUCAAUCUCUGUUCAAGAGUGAUGAUGAUCGCGAGAAAUCCGAGGGCUUCUGGAGGGAGUUCUUCCUGUUGAAACCAGACCGAGCGACAUUGAACCGCAUCUUGCUCGACUUAAGCCCGGACGAUCUGUUGCAACUUCAGGUACAAACGCGACAACUUUUCUCUAGGGCAGUAGCAUGCAUCAAAGCAGGAAGUGCUCCAGCAGAUGCGCAUGCUCUUGAUACUGGCACGACUUUCUUUGCCUCGAUCCUCCCGAAGAAAUAUACGAACCCUAGCUCUGAUAUAAUCAAUGUCUUGGCCGGAUUGGAUCACAUAGAUGCCAUCUUCACUGAAUUCGUUGCCGCGCUGGACGUUACAAUACGAACAGGAAGAGAUUUGGACAUACGUCAAAAGGCAAUCCAAGCUGCAUUGUCAGUGGUUUCGGGCGCAUAUCAAACGAGUCUCCUUUCAUAUUUCACGCACCGCGAUCUUUUUCCUUCACUUAUGAAGUUCAUACAAGAUUCUGAUACCACUUCCCGCGCAUUCGAACCCUUUACCCUUCUUGGUCUUUUAGCAAAUUACAACAAAUUCGAAUUUCAAAACCCAUAUCGGUUACGACUUGACGACUUCGUGAAUGAGGGAUCUAUACAGAAGAUAAUAAGAUCUGUAGGGACCACUUGUGCAGAUGCACGUGCAAAAUAUGUCGCGGUCCAGGACGAUCUUCCUGAAGGAUGGUCAAUCUCCAAUACCUUGAGCAUAAUAGGACUUGGUCCGAAGUCUGCCAGUCCGGCAUUUGAUCCAGAGGUUGCAAAGGAAAUGUUUGCGAAAUUACCUAGCCAUGAAGCAGCUGUACUUCUUGCAACUUAUGACUUCGCGCUUGCCAAUAAGCUGUUCUGCUUCAAUUUCGUCUCCUUGCCAGCUGAGAAGGGCAUGGAAGCCCCUAUUGGCAGCUUUCUAUCACUCACCUCAUAUGUAUUUCAACAUGCACAUGCAUCUACGCGCACAGCCCUCUACUCCCAUCUCAACCUCCUUAUUUUACGACUCCUGAUAGAAGACCAAGUCCUAUGCAAACGGAUGUGCAGUGCCGAGAGUAAAAUGCCUGUCCGAUUAUGUCGACAGAGGCAGCCAUACCUACCCUUAGUUAAGGGCGACAGAAUGUUGGUGGUUAGCAUAUUGGACACGAUGAUUGACGGAAUCAACCACAACUUAAGGCGGCGGCUUGAUGUGGACCUGUACAUCCUUAGUGUGGGAAUCAUCCUCCGCCUUAUCUCACACCUCUCUCGAUCGCGCACGCGGCUCGCCUAUCACUGGUCAGAGCUAUUCCGGUCUCUCCUUUCUCUUGUCCGCUUCCUUACUAGCUACACGGCCGACCUCAAGCACCUUCCUCGCAUUGAAAUUCUACUCGAUAGCUUGGUCAAUCUGAUUGCUCUCUCAUUAUCGGCCGGUGAGGCAUUCCUCCCAAAUCCGGCAGCGUAUGACGACUUGUUCUACAAGCUUGUAGAGACAGGCGAAGUAUUAGUGAAGUUCCGUGACAAUUACGACCUAGAGAAAAGGCCGACAAAUUCUAUAGACACCUUGAUUAGCGUCAGCACACAUUACAAACAGCUACUUUCUGAUGGGUCGACUGGUAGGAGUGGGAAGUAUUUGACCAGUGCGCAGGUUGCGGGAGUUAUCAAACAAGGCUAUGAAACGUUGAGUAUCCAGGCCAAAGAAGGAUUAGAUAGUUGGGACAGGUAUCGAGAGGCGGAUGAGAGGGUCUUCUUGAAGAAGAUGGCGAGGACAGUGGUAGGCGAUGUGAAGGCGCUCAUCGGAGAGGCCUGAGGAUUUGAGAUGCUCUUGUACUACUACUAUGGCAGGAUAGGAAUCCACUUGAUGACGCAUGAUCAUUGAAUCCCAAUCUGGCACUGUCAUCUUCUCACG